ACUCUACUUCCUUUCACCCCUCACCGUCUCUAACGACAACGAUUUCCCUCACGAUAUUCUCAGUCCUUCGUACCCUAGCAGCUCCCCAUCCGGCACACCCCAGAGCCUUCGUGGCCUCAGGCUGGUCUCUCCCCCACACUAGCACUCACGCUGUAAGGACAACCGUCUCCUCCGUCUCCUCCCCUUCCGGAGCAAAAGCACGAGUCUUUCGGAAUAGUACAAACGAGCGCUAAUAGUUGAUCGAGACUGACCAAGUUGACAGUUGUUGGUGCCGCGUUGCGACUGAACGAGGCCUGGAGCUUGAGGCCCUGAGGCCUUGAGGCGUCGAGCUUCAAAGUUGCAACGUUCAAGCUUCAUACACAUUUCCCAAGCUCUUUAGUCAGUCCUGCAGGGUUACAACGAUUCAGUUGCACGGCAACCUAACGGUUGCGACUUCAUAUCGAACACUGCAGCAGCAGGAUGCUUCAAGCUCGAAACAUAGAAGACGAUGCGCUCAAGGCCUUAGAGCCUUUCAAGUGCACAACACAGUCUCAUUUCCUCAGCGAGUCAAGAUUCCCCGGAUCUCGUUUUGGUUUUGGCGCCCUCAAUGCUGAUAUGCGUACGGCAUUAACUCGCGAUAUACAGGACCUGAAAUCCUUGAGGGAGAAAGCUUUAGACGAUGUUCGAAGUCACUUUGAGCAUAUGCUAAAAGCCGUUCAAAGCCGAAGGGAGAGUUUAGCACCUAUCCAUGGUCUCCCACGGCUCAUUCUCGACAUGAUUUUCCAAGAUGCUGGAGAACAAGGCCUGGACUACCGCACUUGCUCUACAGUCACCCACGUAUGUGGUUAUUGGAGAAAUGCGGCUCUGCGGAGUCAUCGGAUGUGGUUUCGGUUAGAUUUAAAAAGCAUUCCAAUUGCCUUAGCGAAGGAGUUCAUUGCCAGGAGCAAGAAAGCACCACUCAUAUUCUCCAUCGCAAACUGGGAUCCCGCUCACCGACAGCUUUGUCGAUCUCAUAUUUCUCGUAUCAGAGAACUGGUGAUUGAUAAUUGUCGUUAUUAUUAUCGGUUGGACCCGGAGUGGCUCCGAGACAUCUCGGCGUUGAAUCUGCAUGCUUUCACUAUCAAAUAUGACGGAGGACAAGGUCGACAUCUCUCCGAGUUCAUUCGAAAAGCUCCCACUCUUUGCGAAUUAAGGAUGCAUGGUAUUCUCCGACUACCACGGGUAUCUGGUUCCUACAAGAACCUCAAAAUCCUGGAGAUUGUCUGCUCUGAAGACUAUUCGGAUGACGAGAACAACUUCUUGGUCGUAUUUCGUCAAUCACCACUUCUUGAGGUAUUUCACUGCUCGUGCACGGCUACAAGAUUGUUUCAGAUCACUUCCAAGGUGUCGGAAGCCAAAUCCAAACUUAUUCCCAUGCGGAAGCUUCGAACUCUACAUCUGGCACUGUAUUACGUGGAGAUAGCCUUCAUUCUUCGACAUAUCGCCACACCGCUGGACAUGAAAUUGACACUGACAGGUAUCAUCUCAAGAGAAACUCGCAGGCCUCCGACUGCCGAAUUUCUUCCCCGUGAUCCUCGCUGUCUUCCAUGUCUUAGCAAGACUAGUCGAUUCAAAGUUGAUGAAGAGGGCAUAAGGGCUUUCGCAGACCCGAUGACCGAGUGUUUUGCUGCUAUAAGCAUUACAGAUAACUACACGGGAGACAGCGAUGCGAUUCGGAAUCGCGUGGAAGAUGUUGCAAGAGGGUUCGAGAUAAGUAUCCUCAGAAGUUUCUGUGUUUCGCGAACUCCGGCUUCUGUCCGUGAGCUCUGGGUAGAACGCGCAGAUGUUACAGACCAGGAGAGCUUGAGCCUCCAAGUCAGCGAUAUCGUACAGACACUGUGGCAUCUUCCACAGCUUUAUAAGCUGACUGUGGAUGACUGGGGCCAGGAUCUCCUCCAGUGCAUUCAACAUCAGAGUGCACAAUCAAGCAUUUCAAUUUGCCCCGUGGUCGAGGUCCUAUCCAUUCGAAAUAUGAAGAUCAAAGCUUCACGUCUUGAACGGUUCUUGGACAGCUUUGUCAAGCUUCGAACAUUGGAAGACUUUGCAGGUAGCUUCCUUCAAACAGCGUCUUCGGAGCUUCCUAUCUCCACCCUGGAGAAAAUGAGGAGAGCAGGAUUUGAUUCUUCUGUGACAAUAGUCUCUAGGGAUGGCAAGCGUAAGGUCGAGUAUGACUCUGAAAUAGAAGAGUGGAAGCGCAUUGAUGCGUAAGGGGGUGUGUGCGUUGCGUAUUUGUAGAAUCAAAGACAGUGGUAAAUGCCGAGAUGUUGUGACAGUAGUGAGCCGUGCUACAGCUAAGUAUCUGCGGAACCAUAGGACGCUUUAGCAACCAAAAUAUAUAUUUAUAUACAAUACAAAGGCUUUCGGGAUCC